AAAGCUCCAGAGUAAACUGCUCAUGCUUUGGCGGAGUUUUGCCGCUUUGGUGGGCUCAUGCCAUUUGGGCAGAGUCUAGCUGCUUCUACUGAAUGGUUCCUUGCUGAUUCGGGUUGCUGCUGCUGCUUUGCUAGACUGCUGGUAUCCUGACGACUGAGUUUGGCACAGAAGCAGAUACUGAAUUCAUGGGGGAAAGAAGAUGGGGCCGAGUCCUUGCCUGUUUGGUGCAUGUAGCCUGGAGAAGAUACAGGCCAGGCACAGCUUCAUUGCUCCGAUUUCAGAGUACCUUGGUAAUAGCUGAGCAUGCAAAUGACUCUCUAGCACCCAUUACUCUAAAUACCAUCACUGCAGCUGGACGUCUUGGAGGGGAAGUGUCCUGCUUAGUAGCUGGAACCAAAUGUGACAAGGUGGCACAGGACCUCUGUAAAGUAGCUGGCGUAGCAAAGGUUUUGGUGGCUCAGCAUGAUGUGUACAAAGGCCUCCUUCCAGAGGAGCUGACGCCAUUGAUUUUGGAAACUCAGAAGCAGUUCAGUUACACACACAUCUGUGCUGGGGCAUCUGCGUUUGGAAAGAACCUUCUGCCCAGAGUAGCAGCCAAACUUGAUGUUGCCCCAGUUUCUGACAUCAUUGAGAUCAAGUCACCUGACACAUUUGUGAGAACUAUCUACGCAGGAAAUGCAUUAUGUACAGUGAAGUGUGAUGAGAAAGUGAAGGUGUUUUCUGUUCGGGGAACAUCUUUUGAGGCUGCAGCAACGAGUGGUGGUAGUGCCAGUUCAGAAAAGGCACCGAGUUCUUCACCAGUGGGACUAUCAGAGUGGCUUGACCAGAAAUUGACAAAAAGUGAUCGUCCAGAACUGACUGGUGCCAAAGUGGUGGUAUCUGGUGGUCGGGGCUUGAAGAGUGGAGAAAACUUUAAGCUGCUGUACGACCUGGCAGACCAACUGCAUGCUGCAGUUGGUGCUUCCCGUGCUGCUGUUGAUGCUGGCUUUGUUCCCAAUGACAUGCAAGUUGGUCAGACAGGAAAAAUAGUAGCGCCAGAACUUUAUAUUGCUGUUGGGAUAUCUGGAGCCAUCCAACAUUUAGCUGGGAUGAAGGACAGCAAGACAAUUGUGGCUAUUAACAAAGACCCAGAAGCUCCAAUUUUCCAAGUGGCAGAUUAUGGAAUAGUUGCAGAUUUAUUUAAGGUGGUUCCUGAAAUGACAGAAAUACUGAAGAAAAAAUAAGUCAAUCAUAUCUUAAGGAAACUAUCAAAAGUAUUCAGCUGAAAUCAUAAAAAUUUAUAAUCUAAGGAAAGCAAAUAUGCUAACAGCAGCCAGAAUGCCUUUUGAUGAAUCAAUUAUUAUAUCCUUUUUGAUUUUUUUGUGGUUCCAAACAAUAUUUUUUGACAUUUUCUAAUUCUGUAAUAAAAUAUAUAAUGAA